AUGAUCGAGAUCAAGUACUCCGCUCGAACCCAGGCUCUUGCACUUCCCGAGAUCGUCAUAUCUAUACUGCAACAAAUGGACAUGCGCACUCUGGUCAUCGCUCAACGGGUGUCUCGUAUGUGGGUAGAUUUGAUCCGUGGAUCAACUUCACUCCAGCAGUGUCUCUUCUUUCUGCCGGCCAGCGAGAACCGCUCCCCAGCACCUCCAAUGCCUAAUCAACUGCUUGGGGAAGCAUUCCCUUCGUUUUUUCCGUCCAAAGAUAUCAAAGCCAGUCCCAAUGGCUUACCAACCGACGAAAUGAGUAAAAAGCUCGAGUAUGUCAGUCUCCAACACCUCGAGUUUGUCCGAAACCCAAUGAAAAGAGACAAAUAUCUCCGUCCUGAGGCAAGUUGGCGCCGCAUGUUGACCCACCAACCACCCAUUCACACCAUUGGGAAUUUUUCUACCAUGCCUGCCCAAGAAGGCUUUGAAUGGAAAUUAUUGCAAUUGGCCCGACAGGAAGAUGGACUACGAAUGGAGAUACUUUUGAACUGGCUCAUUGAGUUGGAAUGGUAUGAAUGGAACAGUGCAUACAUUUCAACCUGUCUGGGGGGGUCACCCGUCGAUGCGCCGGUGGUUUACCUCAAAUCGUCCGCGGGCGUUACCUCUUAUACGCCUUCCCUAUCAGCCACUGCUUGUCACCGUGACACGGGAGGAAAGGCCUAA